AAAUACCGCAAAAGGCUCUGAAAGCAGAGCGGAGGCAAGACAUGGCGUCUCCCUCGAGGGGCAGCCACGUGUGGGUGGGCUCCGAAACGGGCCUUUUGAAAGGGGUCAACCUGCAGAAGAAACAGGCCACGAAUUAUAGGAUGGGAGGAGCAACUCUGAGUCGACGAGAAGCUGUCACAGCAAUGUGUUGGGGAGAUUCGUACGAAUCGGAGAUCUUUGUAGGGUGCCUCGAUGGAUCCGUUAGAUUAUUCAGUACCGAAAAGGGCAAGUUUACUGAAUCGCGAGACUGCCAGGGAGGUGAAGGAUCUUUUUGUGGCUUAGCUGUCCUUGAUGGUUCCCUUAUCACCUGUGUGGAGUCUGGGCUGAUGAAAAUUUGGCGGGAUUCCUCUUCAGAGAAUGUGGAAAUUCAGGUGGGGGCCGGCGUGUGCCGCAUGAGGCAAAAUUCCGAGCAGCGGCACCGUAUCGCCACGGGGGGGAAAGAAAAUUGUCUGAAAAUAUGGGACCUGCAGCAGCCUCAGCAGCCGGUUUUUCGAGCCAAAAACGUGUGCCACGAUUGGCUCGACCUGAGGGUACCUAUCUGGGACCGGGAUAUGGAAUUCCUGCCUGGAUCGGAGAAGAUUGUGACUUGUACCGGACACCAUCAGGUCCGCGUUUACGAUCCCAGCUGCCCCCAACGCCGUCCCGUCCUGGAGGCGACCUUCGGCGAGUACCCACUCACAGCCCUCUCGCUCACCUCCGAUGCAAAUGCUGCUGUUGUUGGCAGUUCCCACGGAGACGUUGCGGUUAUAGAUCUACGGCAAGGGCGUUUGGUGAAGUGCCUUAAGGGUUUUGCCGGCAGUGUCCGCGCCAUCCAGUGUCACCCUACGCUUCCUGUGGUCGCCUCGUGUGGAUUGGACCGUUUUCUUCGGCUGCACAACCUCCAGAGCCAGCGUUUAGAACACAAGGUUUAUCUAAAAUCCCGAUUGAACUGCCUCUUGCUGACCAGCCGGGAAAAAUGGGAGAGUGAGGAUCUGGAGCCGUCCGUUAACCUGCAGGACGAGGUGAAAGAGGAGGACGACGAAUUAUGGAACUCCAUGGAAGUGGUGGCUUCCAAGCGGAAAGUCGAUCCAGAUCUUGGCUCCCGGACGGGGAAUCCGAAACCCCUCAAGGAUCCGAACGUCCAAAAGCAGAAGAAGAUGAAAAAGACUAAAUUGUGUUCGCGGUGAGAGGGAAAAAGAAGAAAAAAAUCUCAUUACGGAAAAAAUUGGCCGGCCAGAAAAAAGGAGUGGAUGCGCAGAAGCCAGGUUUGACAUCCAGAUCAGAAAGUACCAAGGUCACCGUGAUUUGGAGACGUUGGUCCGUUUUCAACAACACCCACGAAUCCUUUAACAAGCGCCUGGAGGGAGAAGCUGCCGGACCCAGUGGAAGACUUGCUCAAACCUCCCAAAUUAGCGACCUCAGUGCCGAGAAUAUGUUGUGACCACUGGACAGAAGAGUUAGCUAGUGUUACGGCAGCUCGGUUCCAACAUGUCGGAAGUUAUACAGCUACGGGGAAUAAACAUUCAUUAUCACGUA